AUGGUGGCAGUGCCCAGCAGCUAUUUUGGGGCCAGCUGUGGCCUCUGUGGCAACUUCAAUGAAGAUACAGAUGAUGAAGCCAUGGUUCCCAGUGGUAUUCCUGGUGAAGGUGGUGAGGAUUGGGCAGAAAGCUGGAGAGAUCCCUCACGCCAGGAACAUUGUGGAGACCAGGAGACUGCACAGGGCACAGAGGGGUGUGGAAUCAAGCCAACUAAUAAUCCGAACACCACUGCCUCUGCUUGUUUCCACAACAAUCGCUCCUACAAGCUUCAUGAGGAAUUUUGGGAAGAUGGGAGCUGCCGGAAGUGGUGCCACUGUGAGGGUUCAGGGACAGUGAUUUGUAAGCCAGGAGGAUGUAGAUCUAACGAGAAGUGUGUCAUGGCCAAUGGCAUCGCCAAGUGUACACCCAACAAGCACUCCACCUGCAUCGGCACAGGCGAUCCACACUACACCACCUUUGAUGGACUGAGGUUUGACUUCCAAGGCUCCUGCAUCUACCAGUUUGCUGCCCUCUGCACUCCCAAGCCCACCCUGGUCCCCUUCAAUGUCACCGUGGAAAACAACCACCGUGGCAGGCGUGCCGUGUCCUUCACCAAGACCGUCAACCUGGAGGUCUAUGGGAGCAUCAUCAGCAUGAGCCAGGAGCACCCACGCAAGGUCAAGGUUGACAGCACCUUUGUGUCCCUUCCCUUCACCCACCCCCACUUUUCUGUGUUUUACCACGGCGUCCAUGGCUUUGUCACCACUGACUUUGGUGUCACUGUCACCUUUGACUGGUACAGCUAUGCCCGUGUCAUCCUCCCCACCACCUACCAUGGUGCUGUUUGUGGCCUCUGUGGCAACGCCAAUGGUGACCCCAAUGAUGACUUUGUCACUUCCGGUGGCCACCGUGCCUCCGAUGAGACCCAGCUGGGUGACAGCUGGAAAGUGGGGGACGUCCCUGGGUGCUCAGCUGGUUGUGGCGCAGAGUGCCCGGUGUGUGACGCAGUCAAGGUGCAGCCAUACCGCGGGGACAGGUACUGUGGGGUGAUCACCCAAGCAGAGGGACCCUUCUGGGAGUGUCACCGUGUCAUCAACCCGGAGCAGUUCCUGAUGGACUGUGCUUUCGAUGCCUGUCACUACAAGGGGCACCGUGACACUGUGUGUCAGGGUGUCUCUGCCUAUGCCACCGCCUGCCAGAACCACGGGGUGGCUGUGGAGACGUGGAGGACAGCUGAGUUCUGCACUCUUUCCUGUCCCCCUCACUCCCACUAUGAGCUCUGUGGGAGUCCCUGCCAGCCCACCUGCCACAGCUCCUCCAUCCCCACCUCCUGUCCUGCAUCUCCUUGCUCCGAGGGCUGUUUUUGCAACACUGGUUAUAUCCUCAGUGGCUCCGACUGUGUCCCUGAGUCUGAGUGUGGCUGUGAAUACCUUGGUCGCUACUACCAGAAGAACACAGAGUUUUACCCCUCGUGCAGGGAACGCUGCCACUGUGGUGCUGAUGGCACAGUGACCUGCCAGGAGGCGUUCUGUGGUGCCCACGAGGAGUGCCGGGUGGAAGAUGGGGUGUUGGGAUGUCACCCCACUGGUUAUGGUCGGUUGGUUGUGUCAGGAGACCCCCACUAUGUCACCUUUGAUGGGCGCACCUUCAAUGUCCCGGGAUCUUGCACCUACAUCCUGGCACGAGUGUGUGAGCCGGCACGACGGUUGGUCAACUUCACGGUGUUGGUGGAGCAUGAGGCAGGCAGUCGUGGUGACCCAGUGCUGAUGAAGAGGGUGGUAGUAUCCAUCCACGGAUACACCAUCACCAUGGAGCGGGGACGGAGGUGGGAGGUGACGGUGGACUUGGAGCGCUACACCCUCCCACUGGUGACAGAGGACAAGAACCUCCGCAUUGGCCAAGAGGGGAAUAACAUCGUCCUCCACACUGCUGCAGGAGUUCGCAUCCUCUACAACACAGCCACCUUCCUCCUCAUCACUGUCCCCGACAUCUACCGUGGCCGGCUGUGCGGCUUGGGCGGUGACUAUGAUGGGGACCCCAGUGAUGACUUCCGGCUGCCCAGCAGGGCAUUGGCAGGAACCACCCAGGAAUUUGUCACCUCUUGGAAGGUUCCAGAGAAGAACAGAGCAUGCAGCGACGGCUGUGAUGACAGCACAUGCAGCAGGUGUGAUGUCGCCAACGAGGAGGCGUACAGCAGGAAUGGAUCCUGCGGGAUCAUCCGUGACGCGGGAGGCCCAUUCCAGGAGUGCCACUCACGCGUCAGCCCCGUGGAGUACUUCACCCACUGUGUCCAUGAUGUUUGUGCUGCCAGCGGAGCCCGCACUGCUUUGUGCCACGCACUGCAGGCGUACACCGCUGCUUGCCAAGCCGCUGGCGCGACAGUCAGACCAUGGAGGACAAAGGAGUUCUGCUACCUUCAAAUUUUGACCAAAACCCUGCACAAUUUUGGAAUCGUCCCAACAAUUUUUUUUCCCCAUUUUUCCCCAGCCCUGUCCUGUCCCCCAAACACCCACUACGAACCCUGCACUCGCACCUGUGACCUCACCUGUGCUGCCCUCGUGGGUCCUGCCCCCUGCACCUGGGGGUGCUUUGAGGGGUGUCAGUGUGAUGAGGGGUUCGUCUUCAACGGGGACACCUGCGUGUCACCUGAGCACUGCGGCUGCCUCCACAGGGGACGCUACCUCAAGGCAGGUGAGACUGUCACUUUCAACAACUGCUCCAAGGAAUGCCAUUGUCACCCAUCACGGGGACUGGUGUGCCGGGACAUACAGUGUCCCCAGGGCCAGGUGUGCAUCACCCGUGACGGGGCGCAGGUGUGUGCCAUGAGGGAAGGUCACUGCUGGGUCAUGCCUGGAGCCACCUUGACCACCUUUGAUGGUGCUUCCGGGCCCCUGCUGGCCAGUGGCACCUACAAGCUGUCAGCCCUCUGCGAUGAGAAUGCCCCGGAUUGGUUCAAGGUGGUGAUUGAGGUCAGCAACUGUCAUGACAUGAAUGUCCCCGCUGCCACGGCUGCCAUUGUCUUCGUCCGUGAGGGUGUUGUGAGCGUCAACAAUGACAUGGAGGUGUGGGUCAAUGGCCUCUUCACCCGGCCCCCCACCACCAUCUCUGACUCCAUCUUUGUGGCAUCGUCCCCUGAGAAUGUCACCAUCACCCACUGGUCUGGGAUGUCCAUCACCAUCACCCGGAAUGGGGAGGCGACCAUCACCGUGACCUCAGGCCUGGCCUCUCGUCUUUGUGCCCCCUGUGGGAAUUUCAACGGGAGCCCCAGAGAUGACCUGAAGCUUCCAGAUGGACGUGAUACCCGGAGUGUUGGAGAAGUGGUGGACAUGUGGAAAUCCAGGGAUUUUGCUGGAUGCCACAUCUACCACCAGACCCGUCAGGAAGUUGAUGCUCCUGUCUAUCCCAUCCCAUAGGUGGAUCCACCUCAAAUUCCCCCAAAUUUGGGAAAAUCCUGGAUUUUGCUUCAAAUCCAUAACAUUUUCCGGGAUUUUUUCCAAAUGGAUUAACUCUGUGUGGAUCCUAAUGUCCUGUUGUCCCAUCCACCCCCUGGAACCCAGAAAUAUAUCAAAUUCAGGUCAAAAAUAUCCAAAUCUUGAUGUUUUUUCUCAUAUAAAAAUGA